UCAAGUUCAGUGACGAUGCUCAAGAAUUUGAAUGUGAACGGAGUCCCUCCGAGACGUAUACGGUCACCGCAGCUUCACGCAGAUCAGAUCCCCUCACCAUGUCGACGUCGAGCACGAAUCAGAAUGAUGACAAGCACCUCGAGUACCUUCUUGCGGGUGCUCCCACCGAGGCUGAACGGCUGAAUCUUCAGCAAAAGAUCUUUACGGCUCUAUUUCCCGGGCGAGAGUACAUCCACACGGCCCCAUUCGAUCUGAGUCGGGUGCACAGGGUUCUAGAUGUGGCGACAGGUACAGGAAUUUGGCUGGAAAGGCUAUGGAAAGAGGGUCAAGAUGGACAGAAAUUGCGGGCGGAUGUAGAGUUGCAAGGUUGCGAUAUAGACUUGAGCAAGGUGACCACGCAUCAGACCAGCAAAGACCUGCAAAUCACCUACAUCCAGCACAAUGUCUUGCAGGAAUUUCCUGCGCACAUGCACAAUCAGUACGAUUUGGUGCAGAUGCGCUUCGUGCUGCUAGCGAUGAACACGGUGCAGUACGCUCAAGCCAUUCGCAAUCUGCGACGGUUGUUGAGGGAAGGAGGUACAUUGCAAUUGGUCGAGUUGGAUCCGCUUCCCAACCCACCCACCAACAGCGUGGAGCGCACCAUGAAGGAGAUUUGCGAGGGGCUAUGGUCAAGGACGGACAAGGACCCGACGGGCAUCUGUCUGAACAUGCUCGAUCAUGUCACCAGCAACGGUUUCCUCGAGGAAAAGGUAAACACCUUUACUCAUCCUUGGCCUUUUGCCAGCCCAUCAGGUUUCGAAGCAUCGCUGCAUCGAGACGUUUUGCUCAAAUCUUCGCAGAACUACCUGAUGGUGGUGCAAGCGCUCAAGCAGGCCGUCUUGCACUACGCUCAGACGGAUCCCAUCGCCGGCAUGUCCACUGCUCAAGCUUGGGACAGCUUCUUUGAGCAAGCCACAAAACACUUUGCUUCCUCUGGCUACGCAGGAUCUCUUUACAUCGCCAUUGCCGUCAAGUGAAGCAGCUUCCCCCCCCCCACCCUCCCAACU